UAUAGUAAAAAUUGUACCACGAACGGCACCGAAUGCCUGCGUUGUAGAUCUCCACUGCGCUGGAAAGACCAUGCAUCGAUCAAGGCAAUCUCAGCAACUGUGCUUGCUUCUUUUUUUACCGGUCCUCAUCGGUGUCUCAACUACUGUGCUUGCUGUACGAUGGGAGGCUUCCAAAUUCGGCGGUUUCGGCGGCUCGGUCCUGCCGUUCCCGUAUCCCAUGACAUAUGCAUUGCCGAUUAUAUCACCGGUCCUGGCGUCCCAGCCUUCCAUGUCAGGGGAAUACCCGCGGCCGUGCAAGCCCCUCGUUCUGUCCGGCUGCAGCGACAAAUGGGAAUACUGCGGCUGUGAGGCACCAGCAUUGAAUGUAAGCGCCAUCCCGCAGAACGCCGUUUCCAUCGACCUUGGCGCGUUGGACUUCUCGGUGGAUUUCUGCACUCCCAGUUGUCUGCUCGAUACGUUCACGCCCCUUCCCCACCGCCCGAACGUUUCCAGAGUGCAGCUGACGAAUAUCUGGGCGGCGCCGGAUAAUCGGCCGUUUCCCGUCGCUGCUUAUCUAGAUAAUUUGAAGGCGACGCUGAAAGAAUUGGAAUUAUACAGAAUGUAUUUGCCUACGAUCACGCAGGACACAUUUGCCGGGUUUGUUGGGUUGCGGGAGUUGGUACUACUUUUUAGCCACGUGUCAACCAUUGAUAUCAAUGCUUUUACCGCCCUGGGAGACCGGCCCAGAUCAGCGUUCCCGCAACUGAAUUUCCUCAGUAUUGGUCAUAACAAUUUUACGACUCUCGAUUGGUCAGUCUUUGAGCCGCUGAUGGGCAGUGUCAAGUCUAUUUACCUCGUAAACGACAACAUCCAGCGCAUUGUCGUCAGCCACUUCUACGAGGUGCACGGCCUGGAGACGGUCGAUUUCACGUAUAACACCAACCUGACCGAUAUGGACGACCGCUUUUUGCGCAGCGUCUCACCUGUUUCCGGUCGACCACGUCUGGGUCUAUCGGUUACGCCGCUCUGCUCGGAUGCCACGUACUGUCGACGGAUCACCAAGAUUCACGGCCCGCUCGAAUACUGCUGCCGAGAUAAGCAGCUGGGAGCUGGCCGUGCCACGAUACCCUGGGAUUACAACUGAGGCGGAAGAAGGUCAUCCAAUCAGUUUGCUAUGUUGUGACUAGAUGGGCCGGCCGCCUUGCCAUGCGCAAGCAUGACCUUACAAAUUCAUAAGCAACUGCUCCUGCUGUUCAUAAUCACACUUUACUUGUGAUGCUUCCUGUUUCCCGUACGCAACAGUUUCUUAACCUAAGAAACAUUUAUAAGGCUAAGCGUACGACCCUGUGUUUUUCUGAUUUGGGUAAAUGCAAUGGCAGCUGAGUUGGUGAUCAUAAAAUAAUGUUUUACGACCUAAAACCUUCCCCAACAAAACA